AUGAGAGAACGCGAAAACGGCGAAAAAGCGCUUUUCCGGAAACCCUCCAAGUUGAACGCGGACGAGCAUUGGCAGAGUCAGAGAAGCAGAGUCAGCCCGUUUGGUUCUACUCCUCCACAUGCAUUGUGCUUGUUUCAAAUUAUAACUUUUUCAAGCUGGACGCUGCUAACGAAAAACAGAGGAAACAACAAGGAAACCUUUCGAUGCGAAGAAACCAGCCGUCACUGCACUUGCUGGAUCAACUUCAAAAAAAGCAAUGGUGAAAAGCUCUUUAUUGAGAACAAUUUGAAAAGUUCUCUAAUGCAAAUGAUCGAUCCUCUCGAGCACCCAAGGAGCAGUCUUGAACAAAAAUCUAGGAUCUUCUUGUCCCGCUGGCGCAGCGGGUGCUACAUCCAUCAGUUGCAACUCCAAAAUUCCAGCCAUCAGGACCGAAAUACUUUUUGAGAUAUGUGCUUACACUAACCAAAAAUGUCCUUAUCGUUGCAUUCAAGAAGUCUGGAAUGUCUGACGGGAUGUCUGUUUCCAAAAGAUAUGAUGUGCCUUCUGUUGUUUUCGACAGACUUACACCUCUCGCC